AUGGUACCACCCAAACUCACCAAGAUGCUCCCUCGAAUAACCAAACAUGAGAACAUCUACACGAUCCCCAACAUUCUCACGUUCACGCGCCUCGUCGCCGCGCCCGCGGUGGGCUACUUCAUCCUGACCGCGCAGCCUCUCGCAGCAGUGUCGCUGUUCUUCUACGCCGGCGUCACCGACCUGGUCGACGGCUACCUCGCACGGCGGUUCAACAGCACCACCGUCGUCGGCACCGUGAUCGACCCGAUGGCCGACAAGGCGCUGAUGACCAUCGCCGUCGUGUGCCUGGCCCUCAACCACACGCUCCCCGUCUGGUUGGCCGUCAUCAUCCUCGGUCGCGACGUCGGCCUCGCCAUCUCGGCCAUCUACUUCCGCUGGAUCUCCCUGCCCCCGCCCAAGACGAUGGCGCGGUACUGGGACUUCAGCCUGCCCAGCGCCGAGGUCCACCCGACCGAGAUCAGCAAGAUCAACACCUUCCUCCAGCUUCUGCUGAUUGGCAACGCCAUGAUCCUGCCCGUGCUCCCGGAAUCCCUGGUCGCCGCCUACAACUUGACGGGAAUCUUCGAGGGGUGGAUGUACCUCGUCGCCGGCACGACGGUGUGGAGUGGUCUAAGUUACGUUGGGAACAAGUCCGCCGUGAAGAUUCUGUCGAGUGGUGAGAGUGACGAGAAAAUUGCACAGGCCAACAAGGACACAACUAGGUCUUCCUAA